UGUGUGUGUGUGUGUGUGUGUGUGUGUGUGUGUGUGUGUGUGUGUGUGCAGCUCAGGCAGAUGUGCGUGUGUGUGAGAGUGUAUGUGUGUGUGUGUGUGCGGGGUGUUGACAUGUGCUGCAUGGCUCUGCACUUAAAGGGAAGAGUGGAGGUGUGUGUGUGUGUGAGAGAGUAAAGGAGAAGGGGGGCAUGUGUGUCUCUAAGUGCGUGUGUAGUCUAUAUAUACAUCUGUGUGUGUGUGUGUGCGUGGGGGCGUGUGCGAGUUUUUAGUGUUGUUUUUCCACCAGCUAAAAAAGGGGCCAAAGUGUGUAAGGGAGCUGAGCUGACCGCUAUAAACUGGAGUGAAGGGAUCAAAAGGAGUGGAUACUUUUUUAGGGAACAGCCUGAUCCCAUUCCCACACACACACACACACACACACACACACACACACACACACACACACACACACACUUCUCAGGUAGGCUGCUUCAACUUGAGCCAGAGAAAGAAGAGGGUUACACUCCCUCCAAAGAAGGCAUAGUCCAUUUUUACCUCCUUUUCCUCCAGUGUGUGUGUAUGUGCAUGCGUGCAAAUGUGUGUGUGAGCAGAGUUUUUGUGCAGCAGGUAACACACACACACACACACACACACACACACAAUGUUUGGCUGGUGAACGCAAACGCAGCACAGGGCGAAUUUUCUGUUUUCCGAAAGCUGACGUUGACACUGAAGGAGGCUUGAUUAGUAGUAGCAGCUCCUAAUGUGUGUGUGUGUGUGUAUAAGUGUGUGCAUGUGUGUAUGUGUAUGUGUGUGUGUGUGUGUGUGCCAUAGACGGCAAACAGGUUGAGGGGAGGCAGAUCUGAUCAGACGCACAGCAACAGAGGAGAGAGCGUGGCACAGGCUGAGCAGCAGCACAUUGGAUUACACACAGACGAAUACACACACGCACACGCGCGCACACACACUCGCAAGCUUUGUGGCCAGCAGAACAGCUGGGAGAAUUGUGAGUGUGUGUGAGUGUGUGUGUGUGUGUUAGUGCCUGACAGCGUUUUCACUUAAUGCAUGCGUCUGCCUUUGCACGUGCAGGACUGUUUGCCUCUGUGUUAUCCUUUGCUACUGUGUGUGUGUGCGCAUGUGUGUGUAUAUAUGUGUGUGUGUGUGUGUGUGUGUGUGCCCAUCUGGGGCUGUGUAAAUAUGUAUGUGCAGGGAAAGAAUGUUCUGUCAUCUCUACAGACAGACGGCGUGUGUGUCUACCUCUUCCUCCUCCUCCUCUCCUGGUCUGGAGUCAGGAGGUGGAGGAUGAUCGAGAAGGAGGAGGAGGAGGAGAGGAGAGGAAAAAAGCGAUCAAAUGACGGCGAGAGAGAGAGAGAGGCAGAUGAGGAGAUUAAUCCGGUGGCGAGAGAUGAAACUGAGACAGAGAGGAAGGAGAGAGGACGGUGGAGAUUUUUAGGACAGAAGGAAGGAGAAGAAGGUGGAGGAGGAGGAGAUGGAGUGAAGGAGACGCGGGCUGACAUGCUCUCACCGGGAGCGCUCAUUCAUAAUUCACCUCCAUGGCAAACGUUCAUUCACAUAUUGACCCCCCAUGGCUGCGCUCAAUGGAGUUCUCGCCCCUCCACCUCUCGCUGUCUCUCAAUGGACACCCCUGCGGAGCCGCGUUCAGUUAGCCCGCUUCUUUUGCACUUUGGAGACAGUUCAGCCUCUCACAGUUUGACAAAGAACCCCGCUCUGUUUUUAUCCGUUACGGCUCCUCUGACACUUUUUCAGUCGGGGGCUCUGAUGUGAGAUUGUGUAAAUUGAAUAUUGAAUCCAGACUCCACCCUAGACGCAGAUAAUUGAUAUGGAUGGCUCAGUGGGUUAGUGCUCUCAGCACAACUGUUGUUGGUCAGAUUCCCUGAACGCGACUAAAACAGUCUAUAAUGGAUCUAUAAUUCAUGUGCAGAUGAGUUCAAUAGUCUGUGUUUUGAAUAAAACUAUCAGACGGCUUUCUUGGGUGCCAGGACAUGAUUUAUUCAGGGUAAAUACUGGAAAACGAUUGUUUUAAUAUUUCUGAUUGUAUUAGCCGUGCCUGGAAGUGAGACAGUGACCCACUGCUGCGCUCAGGUCAGCUGAGGCCCGUCAGCCAUAUGGCGGAGUGUCUAAAAAUGCACAGUCAGAGAAAAAGUGUACCGUAGAGGUGAACAAAACAAGAAAAAAAGUUCUGGAUCUGACAAACUUUACAGGUCUGAUGGACUUACAGGAAGUAGUCGGUGUGUCAACGCUCCAGGUUUGAUGCUGUUGUAUCCUCGACUGUAUAACAGAGGUUUAGCGUUUCUUAAAUCUUCCACAAAUUGGAAUGAACUUGUAUUUCUGCACAGUGCAUCAUGGUCCUGCCAUUACCGGUUUGAUUCCCCAUGGAUUGAAGCAGACUAAAUAUAGUUAAACUAAUUAAAAGCACACACAGCCCCCCAUCCAAAAGACAGAAAAUCCAAUAUUAAAGUGACUCCAGUGACCAUUGAGCUCAGUGUUAGAACUGAACGAACGCUAAAAUAACAGUAAAAAGCAGUUUUUUAAUAUUAUUUUUUAUUUACCAAACAGUCUGUUAUAGGGAAACUUUUCAGACUGCACCCAAAACAUCUAUCUGAUGGACCUGAUUUAAUCCUAUCGGUGGGAUCGACUAUCUACUACUACUAAUAAUGUGAACCCAACAUGUUUGAAAAGAACUAGGAUAAAGCAUUAUGCUUAUUUAAACCCCUACCCCUUCUCUGCUACUAAAUGAACAGUCAGUUUCUCCAACAUAUUUACAUUAUAUCUUUAAAAAUAGAAAAUUAAUAGAGUAAAUAAACAGGAACAUAAAUCAUUUAUGAAAACACCUGAUGGUAAAAGCCCUUCUUCCUCCAUGUACCUGGUGAGAACCAUGUGUUUGUACCGCUUUUUAAACUUGAUGGAUGUCACCACUUAACAUGGGCGGCAGUUCAUCAGGUGAGACAAUUUUUAGGAUCCUAAAACACUUUCACACAAGAUUCCGGAGGUGUUUUGGUGUCAUAUUUGUCCACCAUUUUUAAAGAGUAACAUUACUGUAUCAGUCUGUGAGGUCAAGAAUGCAUGGACAGGCCAGGUUACAAUUAGCGCACCCCCUCCUGAAUCAUAUGAUAAACUAGUUGAGGUCCAGUUCGACUAUGAACUUUCGCCACAAAAUUUGAAUUUUCGGACGUUUGAAAAGACACCCUAUAAAUACAGUCAGUGUGGUGUUUACACAUCGCAAUUCCGCCUUCAUCAUGCCUUUAUACUUACAUAAUGAACUCCGCAAUGGUGGGAUAUUGCUGUCCCAAAUUUACACAUAGCGCAUUACAGUGCAGUGGAAGUGCAAGCAGCACACACAGCAGGGACUCCUCAUGUACGUUCAGUCAGAUCCAGCCUGCUGGCCUCGAAGCUACGCACUGUUGGAACAAGUUCGCCCCGGCGUUGCGACCUUAUGUGUGCGGAUUAUGCAUAACGAGCGUGAUUGUCAACAUGUGGGAGCCUUUAGUGGCCGAUCAGGCUUUUCUGCAUCAUCCACAGUUGAUACUAAAGAGUUCUUAUAAUGACUCGUUUGACAUUACAAUCCAAUACUUUAUGAUAUGGUACAAUAUGAUACGAUACAAAACAAUAUGACACGAUAGAGAUAUGUUAUGUGCAAUGCAAUAAGAGUUGACUUGGUAACUUACGAUAAGGCAUGAUAUAAUUUGAUGUGACACGAUAAGAUGCAAAAAAAAAAGUUAAGCGCAGGAAUAAUGCCAUUAGUGCCACCACAAAGUGUCAUAAAGUUGUGACAUGAUACUUUAAGAGUGAAUAAUUGUAUAACAUGAAUAACACAUGUUGAGCGGUGGUUUGCUUUUUGGUGGCAGCGCAAGUUUAGCUUUGUCAUGUGACCCUCGGUUUGAUGAUAAUUCCUUUCAGUCACAUUACUUUUCGGACAUGUUGGGUUCACAUCAUUAUUAUUAUUAUUAUUUUUGCUUUGAUUAUUGUUAUUGUUGUUUUGAAUAUUCUCAAUGGUUUUGUUUGUUUGUUUUCAGUUUACUUUCUUGUGUUGCACGCAGUCCCAGUGUCGGAGGACCAAACAACAAUACUCCGACUCUCAUGGGCUUAAUUUGUCGUGUAAACCCUUAAUGAGCCGUAUGUUUAUGUUGAAACAGUCAACAGUGAAGUUUUUGAAUCCAAACACUGACAUCGCGCUCAGAGGAUAUUUAAGGAUUAGGCAGUAUGAAAAGAACAGGGCGUAACUUUGAAGCCAUUACUUUACUGUUACUCACUCUGAUGGAAAGCGUCUUUGGAGUCACUCCAAAAUAAAGUGAGUCAAAAGUGCACAACAAUGUGUUAUAUAACUUCUGGAAGGCAUCGCAGUUGUAUCACCUUAAAAGUUACGCUGCGCCGGAGAAACUUUGGCGAGUUUGAAAACCUGUUGCUGCGCCGCUUUCGAGAAGCAGUUGAUGGUGAAUCUGCAGUGUGUUUGACUUUGAUUCAUGCGUUAAAACAUGUGGAGAGUAUGAAGUUGAGUGUUAAACUGCACAGGCAGCCUAAGUGGCCGAGAUGGCUGAGAAGAAUAAUGCUCCUCUGUAUCCCCCAGGUUAUAAUUGUCUUCAAUAGGCCUCCUGCUGAUUUGAAAUGGACUCAUUGUCCACAGUGCUGGGCACCUCUGCUCAAUUAGCCUCUCUCUACUUAGUCGUGCUGAGCUAUUGCUGGUCGCAUCCUCGCUCAGAGGUGCGCAAAUACACACUGACACAUACUGAACAAAGUUAGAGAGCAAUGAAAUGCACACAGGCAUCAGGAAGACGUCAGCGGGUGUAAAAAUAGAGCUAAUAAAUGGGGGGAAAAGUGUUUUAUGUUUACAAGGGCUGAUGUCAUGUUUGGUUUAGAUCCAUAGCGGAGGAAUCGGAGGGCAGCUGUGGCGAGUAUCAGCCCGCUCCGCUCUGCUCCGGCUCCGCUCGCUGCCGUUUCUUUUGCUGCUUUCAAAAAAAGGAGCGGAGUUCAAGGAGUUUUUGGUUUGUGUGUUUGCCUCUACGUGUUUGUGCUUGUGUGUUGUUUUCAGCGGCGGAGGCAUGCACAGGGUGACGCUGCUCUGGUUGCCUGGCAACACAGGAACGUGGGUGGAAGGAUUUCCUGUCCCUAGGAAGCUUUGUUUAUAAGUGGAGGGGGUGAGUGUGUGUAUGCAUAUGUAUGCGUGUGUGGAUUUCAGUAUGCAUUUCAGCAGUAUGCUUGAGUGCGUGUGUGUUUUUAAUGCACUCCUCACCUCGAGUUAAAGUGCAACUGAAAAGUCACUUAAGACACGCUCACACACUCUCUGCACACACACACACACACACACGGCAAAAAAGGCUCUUUCUAGUCUGUUUGAGUUGGAUUUGUGUUGCAUAACUCCUCCAGCCAGGUCUGCUCGCUCGGCUCUGUCUCCUCCUC